AUGCUCCCUGACAAACGGUGACUGGGAUAAAAAGUUCCCGUAAUUAUCAAAUGUCGAAAAUAGAUAUUUCAUGCGGAUCUGAGAACUUUCCUAUCAAUUUGGAAGAUGUAAAACUGCAGACAAAACUGUCAAAUUUUCAGUAUGUCUGCUGUAAUAUUCCUGGGCCUGGUACAUACACCAUGGAUUUUGAAGACCAGCUUCAGGGUUGCACCUGUCCUGGAAAAUCAUGUGAUAUAUCAGUAAACACGAAAUGCACGUGCAUGACAUAUGGAUCUUCAUAUACGGCUGAUGCAAGACUUCACAAAAUGCCAUCCUCAAAAAAGGAGAUUACUGUAUUUAAUGAGUGUAACUCACUCUGUACGUGCUCCAGUUCGUGCACUAACAGAGUUGUGCAGCAUGGUAUAACUACCCGACUUGAAGUGUUCUGGGUCGAGGAUAAAGGUUUAUGUCUCCGUACUCUGGAACCUAUAGAAUGUGGAAAAUUUGUUUGCGAAUAUGCUGGGGAAGUUCUUACGCGUGAGGAAGCUAAAAGAAGGGCAGAAAAACAAAAUAAAGAUGAUAUGAAUUAUAUUUUUGUGUUGAAUGAACAUUUCACAUCCGGUAUUCAUACCACUUACAUUGAUCCUUGUAAAAUUGGUAAUGUUGGGAGAUUCAUAAGUCAUUCUUGUGAACCGAAUCUGUCGAUAUAUCCUGUCCGCGUGCAUAAUCUUGUGCCAAAGGUUUGUUUAUUUACUGCACGUGAUAUCUGUGCAAAUGAAGAGUUGACAUAUGACUAUGGCCAAAAUGAUGACCAGUUACAAAGAAAUACAGAGGGGGACAAAAAGAUUUGUAAAUGCAAGUCUGACGCAUGUAAGGGAUUUCUUCCUUUUGAUCUUUCUGUAUUGAAAUAGAGGAUGUUAAUUAAAUUUUAAAAAGUA